CUCACCCUUUAUUUUUGUAGCCGGACCCUGCAGGCAGAGACAUCUCCAUCCGACCUAUCUUGGAGCACUGCGAGAACACUCACAUGACAAUUUGGCUUGGGAUUGUCUACGCAUAUAAGGGGCUCCUGAUGUUAUUUGGUUGUUUCUUAGCCUGGGAAACACGAAAUGUCAGCAUUCCUGCUUUGAAUGACAGCAAAUACAUCGGAAUGAGUGUAUACAAUGUCGGGAUUAUGUGCAUUAUUGGUGCUGCUGUUUCAUUUCUUACUCGGGACCAACCCAACGUGCAGUUCUGCAUUGUUGCUUUAGUCAUAAUUUUCUGCAGUACCAUUACUCUCUGCCUUGUGUUUGUACCUAAGCUCAUCACACUGCGGACAAAUCCAGAUGCAGCCACACAGAACCGAAGAUUUCAGUUCACUCAAAAUCAAAAGAAAGAAGACUCAAAAACAUCAACAUCAGUCACCAGUGUCAAUCAGGCCAGCACCUCUCGACUAGAAGGACUGCAGUCAGAGAACCACCGCUUGAGAAUGAAAAUUACAGAGCUGGACAAAGACCUAGAAGAGGUCACAAUGCAGCUUCAGGACACACCUGAGAAAACAACAUAUAUUAAGCAGAACCACUAUCAGGAUCUCAAUGACAUUCUCAGUAUACGGAACUUUACAGAUAGCAAAGAUGGUGAGAAAGCAAUCUUGAAAAAUCAUCUUGAUCAAAAUCCACCAGCACAAUGGGGCACAUCAGACCCUUCCAGAACAAGCAAAGAUCCUAUAGAAGACAUCAACUCUCCAGAACACAUACAGCGUCGGCUGUCCUUGCAGCUGCCCAUCCUCCACCAUGCCUACCUGCCCUCCAUAGGAGGAGUUGACGCGAGUUGUGCCAGCCCCUGUGUAAGCCCCAGCGCCAGCCCUCGGCACAGGCACGUGCCACCCUCCUUCCGAGUGAUGGUUUCUGGGCUGUAGGAAGGAGAGAUCAGUGCUUCCUGAACUGCUUUUAAGUACUCAAAGACUGGUCUAAACAUCCGACAUAGAACUCUGCUACAAGCACGUGACAUUGGCUCUGAGCACAGAGGAACUACUGCUGAGGCCACCGCCACAGGAGUGCCAGGGUAGCUCAUGUGGGAAGGCGAAGGAGGAGGAUGCGAGGAGCUUGAUCUGUAGCCUUAUUCAUGGAGUUUUUAUUUCUUCACGUAGAAGUCACUGAAAACAUUUCUUCCCAAAUUUCUACUAGCAACAAGGAGGCUGGGAAAUACGAAUCUUGCAAAAAAGACUCUAGGAAAAACACUCAAAUGUCACUGAGCUUUACGUGGCUGCUGAGAACAUGCAAUUCUAUACUGUAUCCAUGUAAGGAAAAAUACAGUGAUUGAGCUAUAAUGUAUUUAUUGAAAUAGAUACACUCAUUUUUACAAGAGUUGUGUUAAAUUGCUGGAAACAUUCUGCACUGGUUAGUCUUGCUUGUUUUCAUUUCAGGGAUGAUGUUCUGUAGGAAAGAAGGAAUGUGAGAAAUGGUUCCUCGGGUGCCAUUGAGACUGCAGGGUCACCUCAAACUAACAACGGUACAAGAAGCCCGAGCAGGGCUGAAGUUACAACAGGAGAGAGCUGCUGAUGGAAUCACAGUACUUUGCCCUUCUCCAAGGAUGGCAGCCACUGCUGGCCAUCGGCAGCUUCGGUUUAAUGAGGUCUCAGAGCAAGCACCACCAACCAUAAUGUACUAAACUGCCUAGAAAAGUCCUCAGGCUGAGGACAGCUGGGUAGUAAAGUCUUAAUGUCACAGGAUGGAUUGUUUUCAUAGUUUGUUUGAAUUAUGUCACACAUAAUUACAAUAAAAAUAAUUUAGUGGACUGGGGGUGGGGGUUAGGGCACAGCACUUUGCCGCUGCAGGCAACACCUGCAGAGCACGUAGAUGUGGCCAUACACUAUGUUUGCUUCGUGCCUGCUUGUGUGACAGUCGUGGCAGACAACAGAGAAAACAGAUCAAAUUUACCAAUAGAAUAUUUCAUUUGAAUCUUGAGAGGGGGAAAAAAAAAAAGAAUAAAAAUAAAAAACAACUCAAAAGCAUGGUUUUUACACUUUAGCUCUAUCCCCUGAACCGAAGUAAUUAGGAGGAACAAUAGUGGCGCACCAUCUGGACCAGCUCUGGAGCCAAGCCUCCAGGCACAGGUGAGAUCCAAGUGCAGCUUCUUUUUCCAAGGAACUGGAAAUGUGGCAUCUCUCUGCCAGGGCUGCUUGCUAGGAGCAGGGGGGAAAUACCGAAGCAUCCACUGGGCUCUCAGUCCUCUUUGACCAAUGCCUGUGCACCUCAGACCAGACCUUGGGAAUGACGUUUCUACAAAGGUUUACAAAUUAACCAUGGCUAAAGCACAGCUAAAAAGGUCCAUUAGCUGAAGGACUUAACUGCAGCUUUGAUGAGCUGGCAUAUAUCUCCAUUGAAAAUAGAACACACCUCAUAGUGGCCAAAACCGAUGUGAAUAUAUAUCAGAAUCUUACAAUCAGGAGCAUCACAAAAUGUUUCACUUGGCACAUACGGUAAGAGAGGUUAUGGAAAUAUCUGUAGCUUUUAGAACAAAAACAUGUAAGUAUAAACACAGAUAAAAUAGAACUCAUUACUCUGUUUAAGCACUAAACACUGACGUCACUCAAUGUGUGUUGACAGUAUUCUCUUGCUUUAUUAAUAUCAUCAGGGCCUGGUUUAUUUUAAAAGGAAUGUUAAUUUUUAAAAAGAGAAAAAAUACAAUAUUGUAUAUAAUGUAUACACAAAGAUCUCUGUAGAAAUAUUAUUCCAACUUAGCAGGAAAAAAAAAAUCGGAAGUAUCGGACCAUUGGAGGUGAGUGUGUGUGUGUGUCUGUAACUUCGUGAAUACUGACUGUGUGACGUUUAUUAGGUUUAAACCAUGCAGUACAUUCUUUGUCUCAAUGAUACUGUAGUUUCUCCCAUAACAUUUUUUUUACUUUACUGCAGAUAACAAGACCAACCAAGUGAAUAUAGCUAUUUAAUGUUUCUGUUCUUUUAUACUGCAGCAAAAAUGUACUGUAAAUUUAUGAAGAGGCUGUGCCCCAAUGGCAUUUUCCAAUGAUGUUAGUGCACAAAUGCUUUAAACUAGACUGGAACUGCCAGAAUAAAAUGUAAAUGAAGAAUUUCUUGUAUAACCUUAUACUGCAUGAGAUCAAUUUUUAAUAAAUUGUUGCAAAUCUGUUUUUAUGAAUAAAAUAUAGAAAACCUAGCUUUUUGGACUCA